CCGACAAGUGUUCACAGUUUAAAAAUUAGGAAAGAAGCAUAUCAACCAAACAAGUCAAUGUUAAUUACCCUUAAACUCUAGACUGUUUGUUUUCCAUUACAUUAUAUAUUCCAUUAUCGUUGAGUAAAGCUUAAGACCAUUUCCUAAUUGGGAACAGAGAAAAGGUUUGUCAUGUGAUUAGGCAUGUGACUGAUGUUUGGAUGUUUUCUUUCUUCUGGUUUAGGGACCCAUUGGCGUAAAACCAAAUUGAACUAAAUUAUCAAUAAACUAAAAUUGAAUUUGUCUAAUUUAUAUAUAAAGUUAUAAUUAUUCAUUAUCAUUUCAUUACACAUUAAAUCUUGAAGAAGAUUAUACAUUCUAUAGUAUGGCCAGGAAUCCUAAAGAGUCGAAUUCCGAAUCGGAAUCUUCUAAACAUCCAUCAUCAUCAACCACUACUACAACCAAGACAUCUCAAAAAGUUAAAAAUCAAGCCAAUUAUCAAAAACAGCAACAAUAUCUUACAAAACAUAUACAUUCCAAUGGACCAAAUGAUAAACCUAAGGUCCUACCUUUGGAUUUCGAUAAAUAUAGUGAUGAAGUUUUAAUCAAAUAUAAUAAACGUUAUGGAUUGAAUUUACCAAAUCCAACUAGUGUUAAUAAUGAUAUUUUAAAUAGUGAAAUUGGUAAAAAGACAUUCACAAAGAGAAAUAGUAGUAAUGGAGGCGUGGGAAAGAAAUCGUCAACUCCUGCUAAUAAAAUAACAAAGAUUGAUCUUGCUAAUCAAGUCAAAAAUCAUUUUUUGAAUUUACCAACUAAAGAAAAUGAAAUUAUAACGAAUUUCUUAUAUAAAGUUAAACAUCAAGAUGAUGAAUUUAAAUUGACAUUCAAAUGAGAUCACUUUUUCUUAUCAUUUCCAUUCUUCAGUUUCCCCUUUCUCCCCUUUGUCAUUUCCAUAUGGUUCAAAUUUCAUUUCUUUUACAUUCUUAUGUUGUUGGUCUUUUCCCGGUUAUAAUCAUCAAUAUUGUUGAAGUCUUCAACUGUAUUACAUUCAUUAGUCAUUUUCUUCCUAUAUAAACCAUACCAUAUCUACAUAGUAUAUACUGUACCAUU